CACCCCAUCACGCACAAAUCGUUAUGUUCUUUACUUAGAAACCACCAACAUUUGUAUUUCAUCUUUCUUUUAGCUAUGGCGUCGCCGACAGAUGUCAAGUUCACGUGCUAUGUUGGCAACCUUGAGUCGGACACAGAUGAAAAAGAUCUUGAGAAUGCAUUUUCUCAGUUUGGCGACGUCAUGGAUUCUAAAGUCAUUUACGAAAGAGAUGAUGAGGAUUAUUAUGAUUAUGAUUAUGAUUAUGAUUCUGACUCCAUGACAAUAAGAAAGGUAUAUGGAUUUGUUAGUUUCAAAGAUGAGAAAUCCAUGAAAGAUGCCAUCAAGGGAAUGAACGGUAAGAAGCUCGGUUUAAAGACCAUUAAUGUGCAAGAGUCUCACUCAUCUCGGAGGAGUCGUCGUCCUGUUGGACGUGCUGGUUCAAAAAGGGUUUAGAAGAUCAAAUAUGGUUAUAUAAAGAAAUAAGGUUUUUAAGUCUUUGUAACCAGUAAUAAUGACCAAUCAAUAUUUAUGGAAGGUUGGUGCUUUGAAUAAAGUAGUAAU